AGAAACGCGAGAAUCUGUGGUUUGCGAAAUUUCCCUCGAAGUCAGAGGAAAAAUUCUUCCGCCACUCCCUCGCGCGUUUACAUGAAGAUGACGACGGUGAUAGUGAUGACGGUGAUGGGUUUGACGAACCGACGGUCUUUUAAUUCCGGUCAAAUCGUGGAACUCGCGACAGCGACGGGUGGAAUUUAAACGCCCGGAGAAAAAAGGGGAAAACCAUGUUCAUACUAGUUCACGAACCCAGAAGAAGAACAGAGAGCUGGAGUCGGAGCUCUCCUCUCGUUCUCGUGCUUUUCCCUCUUCUCUUAUCGCGGCAAAGUGCCAUCUGAGAAUAGAUGGCUGAGAGGGAAAGAGUUCACCCAGAUUGCGUAAACGCGGCAAAUCCUUUCCAUAGAUGUGUGGAAGAUUGCUACAUAAAGAUCGCAACAUCAAAGGCCCACAAGAGCAAAAGUUUUUCAGGAUACAAUACCGGAACUGAUGGUUACAACCAGAGUCCGGGAAGGAGAACGACUAGGGGGUCAAGUUUUAACAAGAAGCCAGUGGAUGCGCUCAAGAAAGCAACCAUCCGUUCUGCCCCCGUAGCCGGUGCUCGGUCACCUCCUUCGAAAUUAACUUCUCCAAAAACUGAAUCGGAGAGCACAAAUCCUGAAUCGUUAUCCUGGCCUUUCUCUGGAGAAAUUCAUUUCGAGGACUUCUCUUUCAACAAGGGGCAACUUGGGACCUCUCGUUUCACUACAACUUCAGGAAAUGCCACACCAGCUCUUGGUCUCUCUCCAGAUCGUCCCGUUAAAGCUUCGAGUUCAAGUGUUACUCCAAUUACAUCAUCGAAACUGCCAAAAGAGACGGAGAGCAAUCAGGGUCACAUGCCUCCUGAGGUAGUCUCAUCCAUUCCCGUCAAUGGUGGGGAAGAAGGCACUCAACACGUAGGAUUGCAUGACCAUUCUCUGAGCUCCGGCGUUUCUCACCUGGACCGUCCAUCUGAAGCCAGCUGUGAGGAGGGGGAGGAGGUCCAGUCAGUUGCAUUGGAUUCCAGAGUUUCCGUCGGGAAGUACUACGUCAAAGAGAGCGUCUCCUCUACUUUGCGGGCCAUUUUCGAAAAGUAUGGGGAUAUAGCUGAGAGUUGCCGCAUGGAAUCAAUCGCCAUGCGUUCUUAUUGCCUCGAGUGCGUCUGCCUGGUGGUUCACGAUCUCCGGUCCUCCUCAACCACUCAGCUGACGGAGUCUAAACUCCAAGAAAUGUCGGCAGUUCUCAAGGACUUGGAGUCCUCGCGAAUUAAGGUCGAUUGGCUGUGCCAGGUGCUCGAAAGGCUUUCGAAAUCUGAGGAGCUCAUCGCUCAGCGCGACGCCAUCAAGGUAGAGAAGUCCAAAUGCGAUCGCGUUCUCGAGGCCACAAAGCUAAAACUAGAACACCAUCUGGAGGAUUUGGCGAAGAAAGAACGGGCGGUUGCGGACGCAAAGGCUCGGGUGGCCGAAACCGAAGAUCGCCUACGUCAGAUCGAGCUGGACUCUUCCAAGUUGGGGGAGUCCAUCGCGUCCCUGCAGUCCCAUAUCGAAAGUCAUCGCUUGAGCAGCUUGUUAGAUGAACUGGUGUGAUGGAAACAGAGCAUGAGAUUUGUGUGUGUCAUUGUAG